AUGCAGCAGGCCCGGGCAGCGGUGGCCUCUGGCGGCGGUCCGCAGGGCGCCCAGGAGGAGCGGCAGUGCUACGAGGACGAGGAGCUGUCCUUCAUCGAGCCCGUCUAUGCCACCCGCACCGCCAUGCACCCCGCACCCAAGCACGAGAUGCCGCGCCGCACGAUGCCCGCCUACAUGGCGAAGGCGCUCGUGGAAGACAUGCUGCAAAUGGACUUCAACCCACGGCUGAACCUGUCCACCUUUCUGUCCACCUGGAUGGAGGCUGAGGCACAGGAGCUGAUGGUGAAGGUCGCCGCCUACAACAUGGCCGAUGCGGUUCAGUACCCCUCGGCUGCAGAAAUGGAGAAGCGGUGCAUCAGUUUUCUGGCAAAGCUGUGGCACUGCCCCGAUGACGACUUUGUGGGCACAGGCUGCGUGGGCAGCAGCGAGGCAUGCUACCUUGGGGGCCUGGCGAUGAAGAAGAAGUGGCAGCAGGCUCGGCGUGCCGCGGGGCUGCCCAUAGACCGCCCAAAUCUGGUGCUCAGCCACGUGGCGCAAGUGUGCUGGCAGAAGUUCUGCGUCUACUUCGAUGUUGAGCCUCACUAUGUCGACGUGACCCACGACUGCCUGGUGAUGGACCCUCAGAAGAUGAAGAAUCACAUCGAUGAGAACACACUUGGAGUUGUGGUGAUGAUGGGCAGCACGUACAACGGGCAGUAUGAGCCGGUGGAGGAGGUGGAUCGAGCUCUGGAGGAGAUCAAGAAGGAGAAGGGCUGGGACAUCCCGGUGCACGUGGACGCCGCCAAUGCAGGAAGGGGCACCCCCGGGCUCGCUGGCCUGGCUCUUGCAUGCCGCAGCCGACCUGCCGCAGCCCGCACCAGCGCCGGGAACGAGAGCUGCCUGCCUCCGCGCCUGGUGGCGCCGCUGUGCCAGCUCGGCGUGCGCUUCGACUUCAGCCUGCCGCACGUGGCGUCCAUCAACGUGAGCGGGCACAAGUACGGGCUGGUGUACUGCGGGGUGGCCUUCCAGGUGUGGCGCAGCCGAGCCUGGCUGCCCAAGGACAUGGUGUUGACCGUGGACUACCUGGGCAAGGAAGAAAGCAACCUGACCGUCAACUUCAGCCGACCAGGGGCCCAGAUCGUGGCCCAGUACUAUAACUUCAUCAGGUUCGGGAAGGCAGGCUACCGCCGCAUGUUUGACAACCUGUUUGCUGUCUGUUGUCACCUGGCCGCCAAGCUGGAGGAGACAGGCCACUUUGAGAUUCUAUCCACCGGUGACGUGCCGGUGCUGGCUUUCCGGCUGAAGCCCCUCACCACUGCGCUGGGCCUGGAGAACACCUACAACGAGUACGAGUGA